AUGAAACUACUACAUACCCUUGGAGCAGCGGCCAUCGGCGCCGUCUGGCUUCAAGCCGCAUUCACCAUCGCCCAAGGGCUGGGAGAGCCUGGAGGAACAUGUUCAGAUUCAAUCCCCUGUUACCAAGGCUGCUGCAGUAAAGAGGGUUCCUGCGGAUUCACCCCGGACCACUGCGGAGAUGGUUGUAAGAGCAAUUGCAAUGCCACUGCGGAGUGUGGGCAAUAUGCUGCACCCGAGAAUUUCGACUGUCCGAUUAAUGUCUGCUGCAGUGGUUUUGGAUACUGCGGUAUCACAUCUGGAUUCUGCGGUGAUGGCUGUGAGCCUAAUUCUAAUGGAGGCGGAUGCGGUGAUCCUGAUCGCCCCUCAUGCUCAGUCGACACAGAUGCAAUGUCCUUCGAACGACGAAUCGGAUACUAUGUCCUGGACAACGUGGACGACGGCUGCAAUGUCCUCGAACCAGAGUCUCUCAUUGUUGAGCCUCUUAGUCACAUCAAUCUGGCGUUUGUGAACUUUGACGAUGGCUAUGAACUCGUCGAUGACUAUGGAGAUAUCGUAAAUCGUGUCUCGUUUCUCAAGUUCAACAAUCCAGGUCUCCGGGUUAACAUCGUCGUUGGAGGUUGGGUAUUUAGUGAUCUUCCCACGCAGCCUUUGUGGACAGCGAUGACCCGCUCAUAUGAAAACCGCCAGAUAUUCAUCACAUCCGUCGUCAGGUAUCUGUCCAACUAUCACCUGGACGGAAUCGACUUGGAUUGGGAGUAUCCAUCGGCCUCUGACCGUGGAGGCGAUCCUGACGAUGCAGCCAACUUUGUGACUCUGCUGGCAGAGCUGCGUGAGGCUUUCGACAACAUCAAUCCCGGCUGGGAAAUCUCCGCCACAGUCCCUACCAGCUACUGGUAUCUCCGUGGAUUUGACGUCGAGGGUAUGAACAAGUAUCUUAGCUAUUUCAAUCUCAUGAGCUAUGACCUUCAUGGCAUGUGGGAUAAGAAUAGUGACUAUACCGGUCCGUAUCUAGAGGGCCAUACGGAUAUCACGCAGAUCGAACAGGGGCUGGAUUUACUCUGGCGAAAUGACAUCGAUGCUUCCAAGGUUGUCUUUGGGUUUGCGUUUUAUGGUCGCUCCUUCACCAUGAAAGAUCCCAGUUGUCAUCAACCAAACGGAAAGUGUGAAUUCAGUGGUGGUGGCAAGCCGGGCUCAUGCACGCAUACAACCGGGAUCUUAUCCUAUGCUGAGAUCAGUUCCAGAAACAGUUCUCUCGAUGUCAACACGUACUACGACAAGGAGACCACGGUGAAAUAUAACGUGUAUCAAGGGACGCAGUGGAUCUCGUACGACGAUCAGCAGUCUUUCCAAGACAAGAAGGAGUUUGCGUCAAAACGAUGCCUCGGUGGCUGGAUGGUCUGGGCCAUCAACCAGGACAAUGGCGAGUUCGAUGCGCUCUCUGGACUGGUUGGGGAGGAUCUCUCCUCGAUGCAGUUAGAGGGUGGAGACGGUGGUGAAGGGAAGCAGGUCCUCGCCGAUACCUUUGCAGCCUACACCGGCCAGAAAUGCUUCGUGACUGAUCGCUGCACGGAUGGAUCCAAAGGGGAGAAGAACCCAGACCAGGUGUGUCCGUCUGGAUACCUCUCAGUGGACACUGCACACAACCCCCUCCAGGCAGGUUUCAAAGAACGACACGGUGACUGUGAUGAAGGGUGGUAUCGAUACAUCUGCUGCCCGAAGGACGCGAUGCCCAAGAACUGCGAGUGGAAUGGUGCCCCUGAACGCAGUGAAUUCGGAUGUGAUGGAGCAUGCGGAAACGACCAGUUCAAGCUGAACCAGGAUACCGCACUCGAUGCAAAGGGGGAAGGACAGUGCUAUAUCGGAGCCCGUUGGCUGUGCUGCGAUUCAACCGCCAUGUUCUCGGACUGUCACUGGAACGGCUGCGAUGGGCCUCUUAAUCCAGGAGAACCAGGCAAAUGUCCAGAUGAUUAUGAUCCACUGACCUAUCGAUUUGACCAGCCAGAUGGUGAGCCGUAUUGUUCUGAUUUGUACAAUUCAGACCUACAUGACCGCUUCAAAAGCGAACUGUGCUGUCCAUCCGACCACAGCUUUAGCAAUUGUGCGUGGGCCAAUGUUGCCGGACUGAAUGAUGAUCCCAGCCAAGGGCUGGAGCUGAGUUGCGUUCCUCACUCCUGUCCAUCUGGAAAGGUCAAGGUGGCCGGUGCUCUUGAUCCGCCAGCCCAGCUGUCCAGUCAGGCAAUCACGAAGGAACAGUGUGCGUCGCUUGUUGACUCGUAUCACGAGCAGGAGUGGUCGUUCUGUUGUGAUCCGCCAACAAAAUAUAACAAGAACUGGCCGGUUGAUCCGAAAUAUCUAUGGGAUAAAUACUACGACAAUGCCAAGACGUCGGAUGUCGUGUGGAAGUAUAGUGACGAUUACUCCAACAAUGAUGCGGAUCACGACCAUUCGGAAGACGAGGAUGGCAGUGAUGCAUAUGGGUUCGUGAUGCUAGAUGGUCCCGAGGGUUCGAUUGAUAACAGCUUUUCGAAUUCCCACACGGUAGUCCGCCGUUCUCCACAUAUCCCAAACACGAAACGAUCUCUCUUGACCACCAACCAAACCCAUAUGGACGGGGUGUUUGAUCAUGCAGAGGAGACAAUUCAUAUCUACUGCAACUAUCCUGCCAAUUCUCGGGAGUGUCAGCGUAUCUUCAUCGACGGUGCGGAGGAUACCAUCAUUCGACUGCCAGAUCACGUUGGUGAGGGCCCAUUCGCUCGAGUGGUAUCGUUGAAACGGGCAGAUGAGGAUUUCGAUCUGCCAGAUCACCACUUGCAUCAUCGUUCAACUGAACAGAUCGACAACCACGUCUAUGAAAUGAAGAUCGACUACAACUUCCACGCGAUCAAACUCAAGCGUGACGACGAGCCAGUCAACAUUCGGGUAGACUACACCAACCUCCUCGGCUACUGGGAUGAGAUGACUGAUUCACCAGCCAGUCGCAUGAAGCGAGGAAUGGGCGAGAAGGGUCUUACCAAGUCUGAGUGGCGAUCUCGCGUACAGCGUGCUACCAAGCGAGACAGCAACAUUCGGAAGCGUGAGGAACAGAGAGUUCAUGUUAGGACGCCGAUGGAGCUCUCUGAGUCGCGUCAUCACAAGCGCUGGUGGGGUGCCUUUACUGGGUGGUUGGAAAGAUUGACGACCGUCACAAAAUCCAGCGUCGGAGUAAUCGAGCUAGGUCUGAGCAAAACCAUCAACCUCUUCAAUGCUCAAUGGGGCUGUGCCGGAUCAACGUACCGAGCCAACCUGCAGAUGGACCUAGAAGCAGACCUAGCCAUGGACGCGACAUAUGCCUACUAUCUAUCUGGAACUUUUAUUCCGCCCAGUAAGCCAGAGGCUUUCGCUUAUUUCGGGAUGGAGCCUGAGGCAUACCUUGGUCUUCACAUUCAAGGAAAUGCUCAGAUGCAAACUACUACCGGCCGGAAGAAGAUUGUUGACACGCUGACCUAUCCUGGAUUAGCUGUCAAGGGUAUUGCGGCUGUUGGACCUACGUUGGAUGUUUAUGGCGAGAUCCGCGGCAAAAUCACGCUGUACGGAGAAGUUCAAGCAGGAGCAAUGCUCAGCUUCGGCAAGGCAGAAGUUUACUGGCCCCAAGAUGACGACUCCAAAGACAAAUACGAGACACUCCUCGGACUCAAGAGUGACACGCAGUCCCCAGCCCCCGGUAGCAUCGAGCCUGUAUUCCAUGCAGGAGUCGGCGUGGAUGCACAGUUGGAUGUCAUCGUAACCCCCGAAGCAAACGUUGGAAUCAAAAUCGGUGGUGGAAAGCUGACUGGCGGCACAACUCUCAUGGAUGCACAGUUGACUGGAUAUGUUGAGGGAGAUCUUUCGUUCCAGGCACAUGGUGACUAUGAUAGCACGGAUGACGCCUUUCAUUAUCGGUUUGGGGCUUAUCUGUUCUAUAACCUCGGGUUCAAGGCUAAGGCCAAGGUGCUCAAUUUUAUUAAUUGGGCACUGUCUGCACGAACCGCGUACUCCCCUCGCAGGACUGUGAAGCUGUACGACAAGCAAGGUACAAUUCCGAUGUCUGCGUCAGACGAGAAAAAGCGUGAUGGGAAGAUUGCCGAAGCCUCUGUGAAUCACAGCCCAACAAAUGUGACCAACCACACGUCUUUCCAUACCAGCACUGAUAUGAAACUGUUCCAUCGUUCGGAUGAGAUGGAUAUAGAUGAUCCCAACGACCCCGAAUUCACCCAGAAUCUCAAAUGUCCCCCAGGAAGCAGUGAUUUCCAGGUCCCAGAGCUGCGAUUCAACUGCGGCUUUCUCUGGGGGUUCAAACUAGAAGGAUCCGAUCCAUCACUAGUCGAGGAGUUGACAGGUCUUUGCCAACCGAUCCUGCAGAUUGCAAAUCGCAUCGAGGAGUUCACAUUUACCAGCGACUCCAAACUAGUGGACGACAGACGCAAAACCCAAUGUCCCGACAGCACAUGCCUAGACCCCACCAAAGAUCUGAACAAGGCAUUGAACCGCAGGGGCCUUCAGCUGCAAUGUGAUGAAUUCCCCUGGGCGUCCACUGAGCAGGGAGGUGAUUGGCUGCCUAGUAAUAUGCGGAGUCAGACAUGUGUGCCAUCGUGGCAGAAUAACUGGCAUGGCCAAUGUGUCAAAAUGAUGGGCGCUUUCCAAUCGAACUGGAAAAAACUGGAUCCAGACUCUGCCAACGAUGAUGAACGAAAAGACUACUGGGUUCCAUGGGGAGGAAAAGGCAGUGGAGUAUGGACGACCCGGGGUGAUCAUGGACCACAGGACUCCAAAUACACACAGGACCUCAAGGAAUACCCUGUCGAGCAACCACCUCCCGAUGGUGUUCCUACCAGGGAUGACAAUAAACUGUCCUGGAAGUUCAAACGUGACUACAAGGCAAUCUUCAUCCAUGAAGACCCUAGCCAAAUCACCGGCGACACAUGGUGGGGAGCCACAAGCCACGCAAUAAAAAAGCCCAAAUCUGAAGGCCCAGCCGGCAUGGAUGCAAUUCUUUGUGCUGUCAACCAUUUCGCCCAAGACGACACAUACAAAUUACCCACCGGUACCAACGGGCCCUACAAUGCGUAUUGCCGGAGAGACUCGGACUCGGGAAAACCGACGAAAAUCAAUCCGACAGCUUGGAAUGUCAAUUAUAAUAUGGCCACCUGCCUGGUGACAUACGGCCAGAGCAACAGUAAUAGCAACACCAAGAGAGAAUGGCAUGUUGAAAGUAUCGAAAUGGUGGAUGAAAUUGCUGGGGAUCUGGAGGAGGAUUUCAGACGGACUGAAAGGCUUGCAACCAACAGGACGAGCCAAUAG